AAGCGAACGAACGAACUUUAGCGGAAAAACAUCGACGAGUGGUCCUAACGUAAUAAAUGAAGUUCUAGUAGCCACAUAUACAUACACAAUUUGCAACGUGUCGUACAUAUAUAUAUCUUCAAAUACAUAAAUAUUGAAAUAUAAAAAAUAUAUACGUGGAGAUAGAAGUAACAAAAGAAAAAAUAAAUAAAUAACUGUAAGAAAAAAGUGGGCCCUGAAGCCUAAAAGUAUACUAAAUUGUGUUGCAAGAAAUUAAUUGUGUCUACAAUAUUAAAGAAAAUAUUAACCAUAGCGGAAAGUGGUGUGCGGGAGAAAAAUUUCUUAAGAAUUUCCCAAGAAUUUAUGUGUCAGUGAAGCGAAAGAACGUAGAGUAGACGAAACGAUUUCCUUUACCAACAACACAAAUCGUGGUGGAGGACAAGAAGUCACAGAAUUUAAGUGAAAUAAACCCGCAAAAAAUCCCAGCACCAUAUGUUGGGCUGAACACUGACUGAUAAGAACAACGCGAAGACUUAAAGAGUUUUAAAGUGCAAAAGAAUUUUUAAGGCCAAACUCGGGUGUUGACUUUGUAGAGCAAACAGAGAGUCAGCCGCACGUGAAACCCAUAUAAACGUGAUAAGCAAACAUUCGGCAUUUGACUUGUAUUUUUCGGCCGUUUGCUCAACACAAACGCACCGAACAUAAAAUUUGUGACAAGCAGAGAUAAAAGCCAUUCCACGUUUCCCGUCAAGAGCAGCAGGAACAGCACUAGCAGCACCGUGGUAACAACUUCAAUAUCACUGUAAACCCCAAAGGCUAUAAAAGCAAAACACACCAACGCACCGACAGCCACACACACACACACAGAGUGAUAUAUCCAUUGUAAGGGAAAAGUGUAAUUGUUUUCAACAAACACAGCGUGUGUGCGUGUAAACAUCUGGCAUAAAGAAAAACCCAUACUCCACACACCCACACACAUACAGCAACAACUAACUGGGCCAUCAUCUGUUACACAUUCUAAGCCUACGGCAGCAGCGGCAUUAUGACUGAAAUUGUUGAGCUCAAUGUAGGUGGUGUCCAUUACACCACCACCUUGAAUUCCCUGCUCCACGAAAAGGAUUCACUGCUUUGCGAAAUGUUUUCCGAAGGCCGUGAAAAUGUGCUAAAGGACAGCAAGGGUCGCUAUUUCCUAGACCGUGACGGUGUGCUCUUCCGUUACAUUCUGGACUAUUUACGUGAUAAGACCCUAAAUUUGCCAGAAGGUUUUCGUGAAAAGCAACGCCUUCAAAAGGAGGCCGAAUACUAUAAGCUGGAGGGCAUGUUGGCAUGUAUGCGCAAGGAGUGUGAGACACGUUCACCCGGCAGCAUAACCCUUGGCUAUCGUGGCAGUUUUCAAUUUGGCAAAGACGGUCUGGCCGAUGUCAAGUUCCGCAAACUUUCACGUAUCCUGGUCUGUGGUCGUGUCGCCCUGUGUCGUGAAGUUUUCGGCGAUACCCUCAAUGAAUCGCGUGACCCUGACCAUGGUGGUCCCGAUCGUUACACCUCACGUUUCUUCCUUAAGCAUUGUUUCAUUGAGCAAGGCUUCGAUAUGUUGCAUGAACAAGGUUUUCGGUUGGCCGGCAGCUGUGGUUCCGGUACUGCUGGUUCGGCGGCUGAGCCCAAGCCGGGUGUGGAUGCUGAAGAAAAUCGUUGGAAUCAUUAUAAUGAAUUUGUUUUUGUUAGGGAUUAAAUGAGAAAUUGUCCCAGGCCCAACAAAUAACCGUAGGGUCAUUAUAGCCAAUCUUCGCCAACACUACUCCAACUCCACCUCCCCAGAACAAAAAAACAAAAAAAACAAAGACAAAUCUAACACAACCAACCACCAUAAUCACCACCAAAGAAUACAAAUGUGUAUCUGUUCCAGAUCAUAGUAGGAGAUUUCUAGAAGAGAUCUUUUAAUCUAAUUUAAAACUUAGUAAAAUUAUAAAAACCAAAAAAGAAAGAAAAAAACCUAUAAAAAUUGUUUGGUAAGAAAGUGAAAUAAGUAAAUUAGACAAAAUAAAUAUGUAUUUAUAGAAACUAUAUGCAUUUAAGGACAAAACUUCCCUACUGGAAAGGUAGAAUGUAUUAACAUUUGAAGGCAAAAACGAUCAAGGACAAUGUGUAUCUAUAUUACAUUAGUUACGCAGAAAGAAAUAUCAAUUGAAAAGAAUACGGCUACAAUUUAGAUUCAAAUAAUCAUAAUUGCAAUUUUUCAGAGAAUAGGAAAGGGAAUUUUUGCUAUAGGAUAUUUCAUUGCAACAUAUGUAGAAAUAUAAACAUUUCAGUGAAAAUUACAGAAAUGCUCUCUGCUUAUAAUAGAUAGAUUGAAAUGCUACUGUAAAUUAAGAAAAUUACACAAUUCAAAAACAUUUUAUUUGGGAUUCGUAACAUUUCAAUUAUAAAUCAGGAAUUUAAUUUAUAAUUCGUUAUGUUCCAUUUGAAAUAAGAAUUAUUUUAUUUGAUACAGAAUAAUUAAUUUUUUUUUGCAUUGGCUAUGUAUUUGGUAAUUAAACGCAAAAUAAUUAGCAUAACAAAUGGAAAAAUUCGAAUUUCAAAGUGAAGGAUUCAAUGUUCAAAUGCGAUGUUAGGAAUCACAAAUGAAAUUCUCCAUUUAAAACAACAAUUUUUGGAAUUAUAGUCGAAUUACAGAUCGAGUUCAAAAUUACAAAUAAAUUACAAAUAAAAUGCAAUUAAAAAAUCUUCCGAAACCUUCAAGAUGCUUAAAAUACUGGUACCGUACCUUGACGUAAUAGCGAAUAAUACAUUGUGCUACAGGCAAUCUGGGUGUUGGGUAAUUCUGAGUAGGAUGAUGUAUUCGUUUAGUAGAUCAAAUUAUGAUCAGAAUAGAAGCCCAUUGCUUUUGGAGAUGAUCGCAAAAUAGUAAGGUGGUUGAAAUGAACCAAAAACUGAAAAUUUUCCUAAUUUUGUAGUUCUCUAUAGAGCUUAGGGCUGGGCAUAAGUCUUCCAAUUGGGAUGGAUGUCGGGGAAUAUUUAGUGGGUAAAAUAGACCAUAACAUUUGUGUUAAAUAAAAGUCAAAUUUUCCAUUAAACCGUGAAUAUUUUUAAUCCCGGCGAAAUCACAAAUAGUCAAUUCUGACCAUUUCGUAAAUGCCGAUAGUAAAUAUAUCGGAUAUAUAUGACUUUUAUUUUGCAGCCGUAAUAAAGGCCACAAAUACACACCAAUGUAAAUGAAAUAGGGGUAGAAUGGACCACUACUUUUGUACGAAAAAAAUACCAACAUUUUCAGUCUACCGAAAUGCUGAAAAUAACUUACAGGCGAUAUCCAAAAUACACAAAAGGUGAACUUCUGGCUUUUUAUGCUAAUUUCUUUGACGAAUAUAGCCAAAUAUCGUAGACAAACAAAUCAUAUAGAUGGGUCUAAAUUUGGAGAUACUUUUGGAGAUGAUCGCAAAAUAUCUAGAGCUUCAAAUGAACCAAAAGCAGACAAAUGUUCCUGAUCACUCAAUUGAAACCAAUCGACACGGAAUUUUACAUGAGAAGAUAGUUAAGGACAGGGAAGAAGUCCAUUGGAUUAUAUUUAGAUGUAAAAUGGACUACAACAAGUAAAAACACGACAGAGUGCGUAAAUAUUGGGCAAAUACCCCUGGUCAAAAAGCUAUGGGUAAUAUCUGGACAAUGAUCUAUGACAUAAUUUCAAAAGCGAAAUCUUCCAAAACGGAUUUGGACAUAAGGGGGCUUCUAACAUAUUGUAGUGUUGUAGGGUAUCACAUGGUCGAACCCGCACGACUAUAGCCUUUGUUUACUUGUUUUCAAACUUAUUUCAGCAAAUUUUUGAUUUGGCCCUUAUUUGUCAUCUUGGAUUAUAAGGGGGUAGAAGAAAGCUUUCAAUGAUGGUUCAAAGGUCUUCACCACAUAUUCCAAGGAUUUGGGUAUUUGUAUUUAGGCUACUUUUGAGGUAAAAAUCUUACACAGAAAUUUGUAUUUUUACCAUACAACUAUUCCCCAUAUCCACCGAUCUAUAACCCUUUGGCGCACAAUCUGUAUGUUAUGGUAAUGGGUGUAAAAGAGUAAUUAACAUUGGCUAUUCUUAAAUCAUGCUGCCCUCAAUUAUGAAGUGAGCAAAUUCCAAAUUACUGCUGACUGGAAAAUUUUGCUAAGAUUUUUACGAUGCUAAAAAUUAAGUUGAGCCCUUACACGGGGGUAAGGUUGAUAUAUACUUUUUAAUGGAUUUGUAAAGCACAAUCACACAUUUUGGUCGCUAUCUUUCACAUUGAAGCCACCGGCUUCAAAAUAGGAGCAGGGCUUAUAAAACACUUUAAAUCGACCAGUGCAGAACACUUAUAUCAGCCAUAUCUCUGGAUAAUUAUGCUUUGAAAAAUAUGCAUAAUAGACAAAAACUGCGGGCCGGCAACGCCCACCGGGUCAGCUGGUAUUCUAACUAAAAAGGAAUAACAAUUUGAAUACUCUAAAUAGAACUGAAAUGAUUUGAAUUACAAUUUUUAUUCAUGAAUCACAACAAAUAAUACGUAAAAAUGAUUUAAAAUUUAAGUAGAACCACAUGUAAUUUAAUCCGGGAAGGACUUCUGAUACCCUCCGUAACGACUAUAGCCUUUUAUUUUUAAUAUAUUUUGAAUUAUUUCCAAAAUAUGUUUCUUAUUAAUAAUCCUUAUUGUAAACUCGCUGUAAAAUGUCUGUACAAUUCCUCAACUACUGAAUAUCCGGCACCAAAUCAUCGUUGUGUGGGGGCUAUUCGAAAAUGUAGACUGAUUUUCAUUUGCUUAUUUAUAAUUGCGAAAGAACAUUUCAAGAAAGCUUCCAAAAAUGUCGCAAAAUUUGGAAAAUAGAAACCUGAACCUGGUUUGGAUUGAAAAAGGCCUACAUCAUUCCACGUUUAGGUAUAGCAUAAAAAUUUCCACAAUUGAUCAACUAUUUGGUAUAGAUCCUACGCAAUGGUAUUAGAAGUUGUUGGUACCAACUAUCGCCUGAAUUGGCAUUCAUUUGAUAUUUUAAAUUCUCAUUUGAUAAAAUAGAAAUCGUCCAAAUAUAUCCUUUAAAUAUCGUUUGGAAAUUUUCAAAUCAUAAUGAUAGCGAUAUAUUUUCAUUGUAUAUCCAAGGUAUGAAAAUUAAAGGGUAGCCUUGAAUUUUUAUGGUUGUUGUAGGUCAGAUAUUCGAUAUAUGUAUAUGACGUAUAUGUUAAGUUGGGAUGACGAUGUCCAUAUUCCUUAAAACCCAUGAUAUAAAACGAUCAGUUUUUCCAAGGAUCGUAUUUGCCAAAUAACAGACAAUUUGGGCAAAUAUAUUUUCAAUUUGUGGUUAAUUUGAUAUCUCAGAUUGCUUUGAAGAUAAUGGAACUUAUCUACUUACUCCCCUUUUUAAGGGUAUAAUGAUAUAGCUCUCUUCAUCAGAGUCCUUAAGAUUAUGCAACCUCCCAAACAAUUAUACCCCCAAAUACUAAAUAUUGCUCAGUGUUCUGUUGCAAUCCUUUGCCUACAUUCUGCCGAUCAAACCUUUAUUAUAUUUUCCAUUUUGUGAAACCUUCAUCAAACAAUGGCUGCUAAAAAUAUUUCUCUCAUUAAUAUUCAAGGAUACAUAUCCUCAAAAUACAAAAUUUUAAAACUAAAUUUAAAAAUACAAUUUUAUAAAUUCCAUUAGCGUAAAUGGACAAAAUCAAUUUCAUACAUUUUUUAUGAAUUCCUAUUGUUUGAGCAUUCUAUCAUGAAUUCUGGACAAAGCUUGAGUGAAUUAUUUGCUGCCACACACAAUGAAUGGUUGAAUAAAUGGAUGGACGAACGGACGGACGAGACGAAGAAAGAAAAAGGUAGAGAACGGACGAAUGGAAUGUAUGCACAUUAUUUUAUUUAUUCAUUUCAUUAUAGUCUACCGUUAGCUUCAGAUAUACCAGGAAAUUGAACAAAACAACAACAAUGACCAGUGUGUGUGUAUGAUUGAUUUGCAAUUUUCCACACAAAUGAACAAGGUAGUAGUAGUAGUGGUAAUUUGCAAGGAUAGAUAGUAUAGGAAUGGGGAGUAUGUAUAAGAAGAAAGGCUAACGGCCAUACUUGGUUUGAAUUUAGGGGUGUAGGAAAAGAUGUUUUAAUGAACAAAAGCUUUUUUUACCAAAAAACAUGGGUUGUACAGAAAUUAUGACAAAUAUCCCAACAUCUGCAGAUGGUUAUAAAAAUAGGCUGAAUACCGGAGAAGAAAAUAUCUAUUUCGCUAAAGUCUGAUAGAAUUUAUUCAUAUUCCAAAUUAUUUAAAUUUGAGAAAAGCAUAAACUAUCCUCAUUUGUUCCAAUUAUUCUUUCAUAAAACUAGGUCAGGGAUUCCUUCAAUUCUUUUUCAAUGAAAAAAGAUGGGCAUUUAUUGAUAUUUUAUGAAAUGGAAAAUUUAUUGAGCAGGAACUAUGUGGUAAGAUGGAGCCUAAAUUCAAUUCAUCGUGGAGUCAUUAGCAAAUCGGAAUAUUCCUAAUCGAAUUAUAUGAGUCUAAAUCGAAAACAAUAACUCGGCUUCAAAUCGAAAAUCUAGACAUGUGAUAUCAAUUGCCAUUGAAAUAGAAGCGAAUUGCAUACCUUUUUAUACCCUCCACCAUAGUAUGGAGGGUAUACUAAGAUUGUUAUUUCUUUUGUAAUACCUCGAAAUAAAUAUCUUAGACCCCACAUACUGUAAAUAUUUUUGAUCAGCAUAAAAUUCUAUGUCGAUCUAACGAUGCCCGUCUGUUUGUCUAUGCAAAUCACUAUAGCUUCUGUAUAAAAUUAAGUAGAUUGAUCAAAUUUUACCCAGAUCUGUGUUAGGUCUGCAGGACUAUUGGUAUUGAAAAUGACCAAUGUAGGUCCGCAUUUUGGUGUAUAUUUACAUACACAAUUUUAAAACGAAUUUGCUGUAAUUGUUUUUUUAUAGCUUCAUUUUGAUGACGUAUACCAUAAACUAUUAUAGGUGCGGUUGUUUUAAAUUUAUCUCGUUUUAGUAGGGGAUUUAGGUUGCUUGAAUAAUAAGCUGGUUGAAAUUUCAUGUACAUCACAUAAGGUAAUGCGAAGCGGUUCUAUCAAAUUUCAAAUCAAGAUCGUCGUAAGGAUACGUGUCAGAGUUCAAAUGAAUUUUCACGUUUGCCAAAUAACAGGGUAUAAAUUCAUUUUUAUAAUUUCGAAAUGCUAGUAAAACAAAUCUAGGUCUUUCAUUUUCGUUUGCCAACUUAAGGAAGCCAAGGAUAACAGCGAAGAAUAACAGUACAUAUCCCAUGUUCUGAAAAAUAUACCAAAUGGUUCUCGAUUAUUAAUUCUCUUCAACAUAUUUAAUUUUUUGAGUAUCAGCCAGUUGUAUAUGUGGUAUUUUCCAAGUUAUAUUUAAACUUGAUAAUUUACAUACUUUGGAUGCAAUGAUGGAUUCCAACACUUGUUUAUCGUCUUUAGAUCGUAAUAAAAUAAGAUCAUGUUUUGCAUUAGCAAUAAUUUUAUCAAAAUCUUCUGCAAACCCAAGUAAUAUUUUAAGAGGUACACAGAAAUUAAAUUUAAAUAACCACUUAGAAGAGAAAGAUCAUCUGUAUUAGUUCCAUCCCAUCCAGCAUUCACCAAGCUCUCACUUUCAUUCGUGUUCAGAGAGACAUAGUUUUUUAUCUCCGAUGAGACGCCCAAAUUUCUUGUGCGAUCAAUUUCGAUUCCAUUAAGUUCAUACCGUAUUUCAUCAAACAUGUGAGCUACACAAUUAUUUUGUAAGUUCACGGAUAAAGAUACCGUUAAAUCUUCCUUCGUAACAAAUCCUUCGAUGUACAGGGUUGCCCAUAUUCGACGGACCCAUCUGGCAAUGCCAUAACUUUUACAAGAAGUCAUUUGUGAAAACUCAACGUGCUUUUAAAACAUUAUAAAAUGUGAGAAGUGCGCCUUCUAAGAAUACCAUUAAGCGUUUAUACGAAAAAUUUUCGACUGGUAAGGCUCUUUCUAAUCCAAAGAGGCCAUAUAAAAGUCGACCAAGGCGAUCGGAGGUCCCCAAGAACAUCCCAAAAACGCCGUUCUCAGCAGUUGGGCAUGGCUCGGCCCACUUUACAACGGAUUAUUCGCAUUGAUUUGCAUUUGUUCCCGUACAAAAUUCAAUUGACGCAAAGAAUGUUGCCUGCGGACAAGCCUCGUCGAUUGGAAUGGGCCCAAAGGGCCCAAAGGUCCGUCGAAUAUGGGCAACCCUGUAUAGAAGACUUUUACUGGGUAAAACAUAUAAAUCUUGAUUUUGAAUGUUUGUAGACAAGAUGAAUAACUGUGAUACUCUUAAUACUGAUACUUAUAAUCGAACUGUCGAUUUGCUGUUUCUGCAAUACAUUAAUACAAUUGCACAUUUUUAUUUGUUUUUUUUUUUUACUUUAAAUCCCAAACUUCGUAAAAACUCCUGAUUGAUUGAAUUUAGUGAACAAGAUUCACUCUCUUUAUUUUUUUUUAAUAACUUGUUCGUGUUGAAUUUCGUUUUCAAUCGGUCGUCAGUUUAAAGUGCUUUAAAAAUUUUAAAUGACGAAAAACCAAACAACCUUGGCGGUGCUAUAAAAAUCGCUAAAAUGUUAUAACAACAAACUUCAGGAGAAAAAGAAAGUCCAACAUUAUGAUACCACGAGUAAUCCCAGUUCCAAAAAUUGGUGGUUUUUUACCACUUGUUCCAGUCUUAACCGCCCUUUCAGCUAUCGGAAGUUUAGCAAUAGGCGGAACAGCUAUUGCAAAAGCCGUCAAUGCAAUUAAAAAUGGAAAAGAACAACUAGCUGAAGCAACACGACAUAAUAGACAUAUGGUUUAUAUCUUAAAACUUAUAAAAGUGGAUAUGGAUUGUAUUACUCACCAGAUCCAAAAAACUAUUGAAAAAUCUACCCAAUCGUCCACUUACCGAUAUUGAUUCAUACAGUUAUACUAAACCUUUGAAAAAGUUUAGAGGCGUUUUUAUACGAGAUUCUCUACAAAAGAAACCUUGGUUACAGGAAUGUGGAAUAAUAAAUUUAGAUAUCUGUGAUGGACCUGUCACACAUUGGGUAGCAUAUUAUAAACACAAUGACUACAAGAAAUAUUUUGACAGCUUUAAAAUUAUUUCUAUUUAGUCUUUUUGUUAUGCUACGUUUUACACCUUUAACUUUUUUUACAACUAAUUCCCCUUUAUCCACUCUAAAAUAAUACAUUUUUGAUCUUAAACCAAUGAAUUCUUUCAUAAUUUUUCCAUUACAUUCAUCUUUCAUCAUUCGCAACACCUUUUUAUUACAUAACGGAAAAUUAAACAUAUUAUCACGGGGAUAUGAUGAAGUAUCAAAAUGUUGUGGAAUAUCUUGUUUAAUAUCAUCAUAAAUAUCUUCAGUCCAUGUAGUAUAAAUGAAAGAAUCAGUGUCCAUGUAAUUGAGUGAGAGCUUUUUUUAUUGAAUUUUGGUUUCAUAUAACUAUAAUGAAACUCAUACAUCUUAUAUUUUGAUAUUCCAACACUGCAAAUCCAAUAAAAAUAGGUUUAUUGUAGACUACACGAACUCUGUUCAUUUUAAUAAUUAAAAAAUUUUCGGAAAUUCUAGAUGAACUAUGAAAAUUCGGUUUAGCAAUAAGCGCUCGAGCGCCUAAACGUGUUCCUUUACUUUCCCAAGAGCAAACUAUUCUAAUAUCUUGUCGUUUCUCAACGUUUUCCAUUGUCUUUCCGUAAACGGCAUUGUUCAUUAAUUUGAAAAAGUUUUGGUCAUAAGCGUUCUUAGAUGCUGUUCUAUGUUCAUUAUUUAAAUCAAUGUAGCUCUUUAACCAAACAGAUUGUUGAAAUUCAAUAAUUCUAUGAAUUUUCUUUAAUAUCAUUCCAUUUUGUAAACAUUGUUGCAAAUUUCUAUAGUGUAUAACAUAUUUUGUUUUGUUAUUUAAAUCUGUUAUUAAUCUAGUAUGCUGCAUAAAUUAGUUCCUUUUAUUUUCUGUGCAGAAUGGUAAAUCGUUAUGGUAAUCAUGCAGUUCUGUUGGAUAUGUAAUGUUAUUUACAUUAAAAUAUUCUACAUUGUCUACUCUCCUAAAAUUGCCAUGGGGUAAAAAUUCCGACAUAGCGUAACCGCAUAAGUUAUUAACAUCAAAGUACAUAAUAUAAACUGACGGUUUACUCGGAUCAUUAUCACUCAGAUAUUUAUUAUUGGCUUCGAACUCUACACCUGUCAUCUUUAAAAUGGCAUCCCAAUUCAAACCAGGUGUUGUGAAAUAUUGACAUGGAUCUAAAUUAUAAUUUUUUUUACAUACCUGUCGAAAAUUUUCAAAUACAUCACAUAAUAGUAGAACAUGAAUCUUUAGAUUCAACAACCAAUAAUCUAACAAAGUCUCACAUUCAAAAUUUUCCCAAACCUUUUUAGCAUGAUCAUAAUCAUCUAUACUACAUUCCUCAUCAGUCAUUUUAUUAUAAAAAUUUGAUCGGCUAGGUAGUUGUGUCUCCGACAAUCUUUCUUCGCAAUUUAAAUAAUCGUAGGGACACACUCUUUUACGUUUCCUUAAAAUAAACUUAUUUUCGUCAGCGUAUGCUUUUUUCACAACAUUAAAAUCUUUAUCAUCUAAAAAUUCGGUUCUGCGAUAAACUUGAUUUCAUAAAUUUGUAAGAGUCUAGAAAACGCCUUUCGAAUAAAUUUCCAUUUUGAACCCCAAUUUUUGUUUGAUAUUGAUGUAUAUAUUUCCUUAUUUUGUGAAAUAAUCUUUAUUUCACCUUCAGUGGAUGGUAACUCUCGGACAAACAAAUGCGCGUCGUAUGAAGAAAGAUUGUGAUAAAAAUUAGAACAAAACUAGGAAGUUGAAAAUUUAAGUUACAACUGUUAUGAGCUGGUCCCCUAUACUUUCCCGUCAUAUACACACUAGGCCUUUGGAUCUGAAUCGGUAUGAUAUACCUAUUUACAUCACACCCAUAUCCACCUAUCAAUAUGACUAAAUCCCUGAAAAUGGGAUCAAAAUUGAAAAUUGUUACCAAAUUUACUGUCCUUGCUUUCUCCCUAGCCAUUUUAGCAAAUCAAUGCUGAUCAAAUGUUAAUACAAUUUACUUAACUGAAAAAAAAAUCUAAAAAAUCUGUUAAAUGAAAUACAUUAUAUUAUACAUAGAAUUAUUAAAAACAAACACUAUUGAUUUUAUAUAAAUUAUAUGAAAUGCUGAGAUGACUAAAAUCAUAUUUAGCCAAAUUGAGAUGCGAUAUAUUAAAAAAAAAACUAUAAAAUAUAGAAAAAAUAAAUAAAAGAAAACUGUAUAACCCUAAGACUUUACAACUAACUUUAAAAACAAACAACAACUUUGUAAGAAUAUAUUAUUUAAUUUUGAAAAUUUAAUUUUCUAUUUCCUCUUUAAGUUCAUAUCUGUGUAAAUGUGAAAUUUAACACACAAAACAAACUAAUAAAGAAAUAGAACAGAAAACAAAUAUUAAAAAUUGGAACAAUGAGGCCAACAUGAAAAUAAAACUUAAUAA